AUGAGUCAUGACGCGGUCAAGCCGCUGCAGAGUCUAUUGGAUGCGUUUGGUGCACGUCUGACACAUCUAGAGGCAAAAUUAGGUGUCGAUCAAGUGCUCACACCACCCGUUCAUGUUGCCACCAGUGCCACCCCAUCCACUACCGUCCACGUGGAUUUAGCACCACAGCUAAAGGCGUACGACGAGUAUGUAGCUCGAUACCUUCCGCCCUUCUUGGAUAUGAGCAACAAACUUGGUGAAGAUACACACAAGCUUGCUAUGGUGACAGAGAAGGCGUUUGCAGCCCAGCGUGCGUACCUACUAAUGGCGAGUCAGUGUAAGAAGCCCGGAACGCUCAAUCCAGAACACUUGAAAGACUUGCAGGCUUGUAUUAAGGAGAUUAACGCUCUGCGUGAUAAUCGCAGCGAAUUUUCCAAUCAUCAAAACAUGGUUAAUGAGGGUAUUCAAGCGCUCGGCUGGCUCUGCGUAGAGCCCGCCCCCAAGCCUUUUAUUGAAUCGUACGUGGGUGGCUCUGACUUUUGGGGCAAUAAAAUCCGUGUACAAUUCAAGACGUCGAACUCCGAUCAGAUUGCAUUCGUCACGUCGUUUAAAAGUCUGCUGACCGAGCUCAUGGCCUACGUCAAGGCACAUCACACUACGGGCGUCACGUGGAACCCCAAAGGUGGCGACGUCGCAAACUACGUACCCACUGCAACUGCCUCAAGUACAAAGACUGCCACAUCUACAGGUGGUCUAGCGAACGUGUUUGCUGGUAUUAAGGCUAUUGACCAGAGCAGCGGCAAAACUGCGGGGCUCAAAAAGGUCACUAAGGACAUGCAAACCCGGCGUAAGGACUACAAGUCGGACAGUGAUCCACUUGUGCAUUCUGUUCCUGUCGCCGCCAAGAAGCCGGUCGCCUCUGUCAAGGUUACGAAGCCUGCCGUCUGCGAGGAACGCAAUGGCAACUGGCAGAUCGAGUAUCAGACUGGCCCCGAGACGCUUACCGUGAACGGCAUCACCAUGAAGCAGCAAGUGUAUGUCUUUGGCUGUGAGGGUGCCACCAUCCUGCUGGAAGGAAAAGCCAAGAAUAUCGUAAUGGACUCGUGCAAAAAGACCAAGCUCAUUUUCGACAACGCCGUGUCGAGUAUUGAGAUCGUCAACUGCAAGGGUGUGCAGGUACAGUGCAAGGGCGUAGUGCCGUCCGUGGCCAUCGACAAGACGGAUGGCUGCCUCGUGUACAUCUCGUGGGAGGGUCGCGAGGUGCAGUUUGUCACGUCUAAGAGCUCGGAGAUGAACGUGGCGUUUCCGCAAGGCGCAGGUAGCGACGAUUAUGUGGAGAAGCCGAUUCCGGAGCAGUUCGUGCACAAGAUCACGGAUAAGUUGACCAUCUCGUCCGAUGUCUCGGACUUGUACUCGCACUAG